AUGAGCGACAGAAACAACCGAGAGAGUCACAGCCAAAGUAUUGGCAAAGAUGAGGCAUCCGGUGGCAAUAGGAAUAGAGAGGAAAUGCCCCCUACAGCUGAAGAAGUCGUGAAGGUUGCCGCGUCGAAAGCACCCUCAAAUCAAGUGAAUAGGAAGACGCAUGGUCUUCAUAGAAACUCAAAGCAAUUUGAGACAAAGAUGGAAGCCGCCAAAUUCAAACCAUCAAAUUCAACGAUGCCAGGUGCCGUGAGUGUGGGUGCCGUGAGUGUAGGUGCCACUCCCUCGACAUCAACUCCUGCUGCUGACGAUAUCACCACCCAGAGCUCCACCAACCACUCGCCACAGGCCAAGACGAGGAAUUCUGGGCUGCGCAGAAACCCAAAAGAGUUUGGGGAAAAGAUCCUAGUUGCCGGAGCCAAACCAUCAAAUUCAGCAAAGCCGGGUGCUGUGAGUGUGGCUGGUGCCGUGAGUGUGGCUGCCACUCCCUCGACAUCAACUCAUGCCACUGACGAUAUCGCCACCCAGAGCUCCACCAACCACUUGCCACAAGCCAAGAUGAGGAAUUCUGGGCUGCGCAGAAACCCAAAAGAGUUUGGGGAAAAGAUCCUAGCUGCCGGAGCCAAACCAUCAAAUUCAGCAAAGCCGGGUGCUGUGAGCGUGGCUGGAGUCCCCUCUGCCUCGAAUACGGAUCCUCAUACUUCAAGUGCGGGGGAGGUGGCACAUUCAACCCAUCUGGCACAACCUAUGAACACGAGGAAACAUGGGCUCCAUAGAAACCCAACAGACUUUGCGACAAAGAUAGAGGCUGCCGGUGGAUUUAUCCCAUCAAAUUCUAAAAAGCCAGGAGUCGUGAAUGUGGCUGCAACUCCCUCCUUCUUGUCGGAUCCAUCCAUGGAAGUGACUCCACCCACACAAGCAAGUGUAUGUGGCCCUACCAGUACAGGGAAGGCAUCCUCUGUGGACCUUUCAGCUUGCAUUUCACCAAACGCUAACGUCAAGCGGGGUCUACACCACAACCCGGGAGGGGUCAAGACUAAGACUGAUACAGCCAGAGCUGUUCCGACCAAUUCUCAGCAAGCAACCAAUGACACAAAGAGCACUGUUACCGGUAGCAUUGUCACAUCUAGAGGUCUCCGCAAGAAGCAAACUGUCACUUCUCAUGAAAAGCCAGGCAAAGAAGAGGAAGAAACCAUUACACUUUCUGCCAUUGAAGAUUUGAAUCCAGGUUUCGGGAACAACCUUCGGGAAGCUCAAAUGGUACCAGAAACCAUUACUAAUGAUCUCCAUGUGGGCCUGGUUGAAGCCAUGCCAGUGUUGGAGGACUCCACCCCCAUCCUGGCUCAUGCUCAACAAGUACAUGAUGAAGACCUUGAAGCACAAAGGGAAGCUCAGUCAGAAAAGGAAACUAAAGAAAAAGAAUGUAAUGGCAGAUAUCAACAUCUGGGACUUAGUCGCCUACAACUUGCUAACCUUACUCCAGCUGUUCCACCUGAGAUUGCACUUCUUACCGAUUUGUCCAUUUUGGGUUUGCCAUUGAAUAAUCUCAGUGGCACACUGGAUGCCAUUUUGCCAUCAGAGCUCUUCACUAUGGAAAACUUGACAAAUAUCAAUAUUCACACCAACAAUUUUACAGGGUCUCUUCCAAGCGAGCUUUGGCAGUUGACCAACAUUCAACGGCUAAGAGUUUACAGGAACGCCUUUACAGGGUCUCUUCCAAGCGAGCUUGGACAGUUAACCAGCAUGGCAGAGUUGAGCUGCUACAGGAACUCCCUCAAUGGCAGCAUACCAUCUGAACUUGGGUGGCUGACAGGCAUAAAAGCAUUACAAACGUCCAGGAACGCUUUCACAGGAUCUCUCCCAACCCAGCUUGGGCUGUUGACCAACAUGACAUAUUUUAUCUGCCACCUGAACUCCCUCAAUGGCAGUUUACCUACAGAGUUGGGUAGGCUGACCAGCAUUCAAGUGCUGAGAAUGUAUAGCAAUGCUUUUUCAGGGUCUCUUCCAAGCGAGCUUGGGAAGUUGACCAACAUGACAGAUUUCAGCUGCCACCAGAACUCCUUCAAUGGUAUUUUGCCGACUGACUUGGGUAGGCUGACUGGCAUGCAAGAAUUGAGUAUGUACAGCAACGCUUUUAUGGGGUCUCUUCAAGCGAGCUUGGCCAGUUGA